GUAAAAAACCAACAGUUUUUUUGUAUAAAAAUUAUUCUGAUCAAUUGCUUGCAUUUCGUUUGCAAGACAGCAAGAAAUUGGCGUCGCAUUAUUCCGCCAUUUUGAGUUAUUCUGAAUGCAGCGAAAAUUCGGGAAUAUGUGGACAAAAUUUAAGAAACAGUCGGUAGUUUUAUCUUAAAGUGAUCGGAAACGCUUUUUUUCACCCCCAAUGCUGUGGCGGCUCCCCUCCUGCUUAAUUUCUUUAUAUGCGUCAGUUUUCUUCAUACUUCGGUUUUAUAAAAAUGAAGAUUUCAGUUCGGAGAAUACUUUCGAAACACGUUCUUUUUAAUUGUCAAUAUAUUAACAAAAUGAGAGUUCGUAAAAAACCAACAAUUUUUAUGUAUAAAAAUUGUUCUCAUCAAUUGCUUGCAUUUCGUUUGCAGGGCAGCAAGAAAUCGGCGUCGCGUUAUUCCGUCAUUUUGAGUUUUUCUGAAUGCAGCGAAAAUUCGGGAAAAUGCGGACAAAAUUUAAGAAACGGUCGGUAGUUUUAUGUUAAAGUGAUCGGUAACGCUUUUUUUCACCCGCAAUGCUGUGGCGGCUCCCCUCCUGCUUCACUUCUUCAUAUGCACCACUUUUCGUCCUACUUGCAAAAAACGAUCGCAAAGAAAUACCAACUAAAUUAAAGAUGCGCAGCUUAAAGAGGGAUCAGUCUUCUCUAGCUAUGUACAUUGUCUACAAGUGCUCAUCAGCUCAUUACAUGCUUCAUCUGCUUUCGUCAAGGAUGACUAACGUGUCCCAGCAUUACAAUCAGGUUACUUUACAUGAGCUGGGAACGAGUUAUUUUACAAGCAUUAUAAUUGCAAUAUUAAACUGGCAUAGACGGCUUACCGUUAAACGCGCAAAAGCAUGGAAAAUAUGAUAUGCGAGGAAAGGUGCAUAAAAGGAACUAAAAUUUUGAAUUAAGCUUAUCCUCUCUAAGGGGGCCAAAGUAACAAUUCGAACUAGCUCCUCUAGUCCUGUGUUAAUUGUUUAACUGUAAAAUUAAAAUGCAAGAAGAAAGUAAGCAAAAUGGCUUAGAGCAAGAACAGAUUCUUUCCCAUUCAAUCACGCCAAUGGAAAUUGAAAAAUAACACUACUAUAGCAAAGGAGAUUCGAGAGACGUCAAUUACCACAGAGUAUAUCAAUCAACUUGGCACGAGUUAUGGAGUUCUAUUCACCUGAACUUGCAGCACUUAGUUUAACAAGUCAUUUCAAUACAGAAGUGUUCAACGAAAUUAACAACAACAUCAGUAGCGGCAACAGCAACGACACUUACAACGACGACAAUGCUUUAUACUUUAGAGAGUCUCAACAACAAUUGCUUAAGCGUUUUACAAAUGAUGAAAAUUACUUGGAGUACUUUAAUGACAACAACAGCAGCUCGCAACAACAUAAGAGCAACCAUUCUAUAGCAACUCAUCUGCAUCUAUUAACCUCUUUAACCAGUGUCACAACAACUACUACUACUGCAUCCGUUCCUUCUUUCAAAUUCAGUCGACAAACCGAGUACGCCAGCAACGAUGCUCAUGAAGAUAACGACAUAUUAAUCAUAAACAAUAAUACUUUGGCCGAUUACUUUCAGUGUGAUGGCGAGGCACAAAGUUUAAGUGCUUUGAAUGCCACUCUCUAUAACCGAACUGAUCAUAGCUCUGACGCUGCCCUGUCAAGUGUAUACUUUAAGGUGACGGUGUAUCUCUUGUAUAUUCCUAUAUUCAUUUUUGCAUUGCUGGGCAAUGGCACCGUUUGCUACAUCGUGCAAUCAACACCACGCAUGCGUACCGUUACAAACUUUUUCAUCGCUAACCUAGCAGUCGGAGAUAUACUUAUGUCGCUAUUUUGCAUACCGUCCUCCUUCAUUUCCAUUUUCAUUCUGGGCUAUUGGCCAUUCGGCAUCGCACUAUGUUAUCUGGUCAACUAUUCGCAGGCUGUUAGUGUGCUAGUAAGUGCUUACACCUUGGUAGCGAUAUCCAUUGAUCGUUACAUAGCAAUAAUGUGGCCAUUAAAGCCGAGAAUAACAAAACGAUAUGCGAAAAUCAUAAUUGCUUUCAUAUGGUUUGUAGCUUUAGCUACAGCGUUUCCCAUACCUCUUGUUUCGAAGCUAGUACAGCCGGGGUUAUGGCAUGAAUAUUGCGAACGCUACGUUUGCCAAGAGGCAUGGCCUAAUGCUGAACAGGAAUAUUACUACACACUAGCGUUGCUGACGUUGCAAUUCAUUGUGCCGUUGUCGGUGCUAGUCUUCACAUACACUCGCAUAGCUUUGGCUGUUUGGGGUAAGAGGCCGCCUGGUGAAGCAGAAAACUCAAGGGAUCAACGUAUGGCAAGGUCAAAACGUAAGAUGAUUAAAAUGAUGGUGACUGUCGUGAUAGUCUUCACCAUGUGCUGGCUGCCAUUUAACAUACUUAUUCUGCUGUUAAACGAUGAAGAGUUUCGUUUAUGGGGUCCAUUGCCGUAUAUUUGGUUUGCAUUCCAUUGGCUGGCCAUGUCACACAGUUGUUACAAUCCCAUCAUUUACUGUUAUAUGAAUGCACGUUUUCGUGGCGGUUUUCUUCAAAUCAUCCAUCGAGUUCCCGGCUUAAGACGUUGCUGCUGCUUACGUCAUUUUUUUCAUUCACGCGACGACCGAAGUUACGAAGCUACCGGUGAGAUGACCUUCAAAUUCAAACAUCAUAUUGUUGGUGGUCUAAUAAGGAAACCUAAAAUACGCAUUAGGAAUCGACGAUGCAUUCCAGCUGCAACGUGUCAACACUUGCACAACCUACAUCAGCAGCAGGCGAAAAUUGCGAACGAACUCGAUGCAAACGAGUCAAUCUUUAUUUGCGGAAACAACGGUUUUACGAUAAAGCCUGAGCGACACGAAGCAGAGCAGAAACCCCUUAACGAACGCUAGCAUGUAAAGAACAUUCUGAAAAUAUGUUCCCCUCAACUACCCAGCGAAGUUAAUAUUUACGCACACGAAACUUUGGCAAGUGCUUGACUUACGCACUUUUCCCUUUCAUACUUUAUGUAAAUACGAUGCCAUUUUAUUCUG